AUGGAUUACCUAAAUAAAAUUUCCCGCGUAAUAAUUAUAACAACAAUCAUCGCCACUUUUUUCGCGUUAUCAGAAUCACAUCCAAUUAAUUCUCGUAAUGAUUUACACCUACAAUUGAAACGACUUUUCGCGCCUACAUCUGAGAAAACAUGGAGCAAUUGGGCUGGUACGGUUACAAAUAAUCCACAAUAUAUUUUUCGGCCAAAUACUGUAGAUGACCUUAAGGAUAUUGUGAAAAACGCGAAAGUGAAUGGGAAAAAAGUUCGUUGCGCAGCGCAUGGACAUUCGUGGAGUUCUUUAUCGGCUACCAAGGAUUACUUGGUUAUUGUAAAUAAUUUGACUAAAGUUACAGUGCAAAAAAACGUCAAAUAUGGUUGGACUGUCACUGCCGAAGCUGGUGCAUCAGUGAAACAGAUUGACGAAGUACUUCGCAGCAAUAAUCCUCCUUUGGCAAUUGAUUCAACAACAGUUAUAGAUUCGGUGUUUGCGUCUGGCAUUGUUUCUACCGGAUCUCAUGGUGCUAAAACUCAAGGCGCAACGAUAUCCGACCAAGUAGUUGCAUUACAAAUUGUCACGGGUGAUGGUCUUCUUGGCAUUAUAUACACGGUUACAUUCCGCGUGGAGCCAUUAUUCAACUUGCGUAUGAUUGACACAACCCCAUUAGCGACGGACUGGCUCAAACCUGCUAAUAUUAAAAAAUAUUAUGAAAGUUCUGACAGCCUUGAAGUCUUCUAUUGGCCAUUCAAUCAAGGAAACAUUGACACUUCAAAAGAUUUGUUAUGGGUUAAACAAUGGAUUCGAACUCAAACACAAGCAACAGUUUCUCAUCAAGCUUGGGUUAUUCAGAAACAGCUAGCUGACCCAAUAAUUGCAACCGCUAACGAGGUUUAUCAGUUCCUUCUUAAUAAUCCUGAAUUGACUCCCACGAGUUCUGCCACAUUAUGGAAGCUAGGGCCAGGAAAAUUUCCGAGCGAUCUUGUGCUUGAAGCAGAAGAUGCAUUGCAUUUUCAACCUGGUCUCGACGCUAUUAUUGUAGAUACAUCGGAAUUUACCUUUAAAGUUGACAAGGACUUUAUCAAUGUUUCCGAUGAGAUUUUAUAUAUUCUUAAGAGGCUUGCUGAACUUGCCAAGCAAGGCCAAUUUCCAUUGAAUAUAAUUGCAGAAUUCAGGAUCAACAAAGCCUCGAAAUCAAUUUUAGCUCCUUCUUACGAUAAUGAUCCAAAUGCGAUUUAUUGCAACAUUGAACUUUCUUCCUACAUUGGCACGAAAGGCUGGCAAGACUUUGCUACCGAAAUGGGCAAAAGAUGGAUUGAUAAAUACCAGGCUAGACCGCAUUGGGGUAAAGAAUGGGAAUACGUAACAGGCGUAAAGUCAUUCCUACGUACAGCAUUAGGCGCUCGUCUCGAAGCAUUCGAAAAAGUUCGUGCUAAAUAUGACCUUGGAAAAAUCUUUUUCGAUAAUGAUUCGCUGAAACAAAUAUUUUAUGGAUAG